AUGGCAAACGGCUCAAUCUUGUACCCAUUGCUCGUCGCUUGUCUCCUCGUCAGCUCGUCCUUUCAAUCUUUACAUCGACACGAUGGAGAUGCGGCUAUGCCAUCCUUAACACUGGAUAUAGACAAAUCUUUCCAUGGAUGUGAUCAGAACCUUGAACUAAAAAAAGCUUCUUGCAGCAAUAAAGACCUGGACACGGUUCCCCAGAAUCUUUCCGAGGAUACCGAGGUGCUUGACUUAUCUAAGAACAAUAUCACUAAACUCUUCAACUCCUCGUUUGAAUUAUACCCUCUUAUUACCUCCUUGGACAUUUCUCACAACGAUGUAAGAUCGAUAGAAUCGGGCGCUUUUUACCCCCUCAAGGGCUUACUGUACCUGUUUCUAUCCGCUAACCGGCGUCUUGUGCUUCCAGCAACAGGCGCCUUCAUGAUGUCUUCACAGCUUUCCAUUCUCGAACUAACGGCAUCAAACUUGAAGUCGCUCCCCAAUGACACUCUACAAUGGGGUCUACAUAUAUAUAUACUGCAUCUGUGGUUCAAUCAGCUCUCCUUCAUCAAUAUAAGUUCUUGUGGCAUGGUCAAGUCUGUAAUCUUGACUGGUAAUCGACUACAACACCUUACGGCGAGAGAUUUCAUCUUUGUGUGCCACACUGAUACUCUAGAUCUUACGAAAAACCAUAUCCAAACAGUAGACCCUGAUGUGAUCGCAUCACUACAUGUUCGCUCUUUGGUGCUAGGUGGGUACCCUUUGAGUGACGAAGUGUUAGCGAACAUCUUCAUCGGAAUCUCUAAAUCAGACAUCGAACAGCUUACAAUCGAGAAAGGAUCCGUUGGUGCGUUUCCUGAAGAUUUCUUUGAUCCACUGCGCGAUUCUUCUCUAUCCGUUCUGGACUUCAAUAGCAACGACCUGAGUAGCCUCUAUUCUUUAGUCUUCUCAAAUUUGACAAAACUCAUACAAUUCAGUUUCACAUAUAACAAUCUCCCAAUAGACGAAAUUCAACCAGACUUUUUCGAGGGCAUGAAGGCAUUAAGGGUACUGAUAAUCAACUACAACCAAGUAAGACAAGUUAAUCCUCACAAUCAGACUUGGACCGUGGACUUAUCGGAGUUUUACUUAUCCGGUAAUCUGCUUACAGAAAUAUCUGCAUCUGUAUUUCUUGGUUUAGGAAAUUUAACUUUCUUAGACAUGAGCUCGAACAAAUACCUUUCUUUCUUAGAGCUGACGGCCUUUUCGGGACUUGACAAUAUUCAAACCAUUUAUUUGACCGAAAGCCGUAUAACUGUUCUGGAAUUGUACACCCCAAUAUUAAGAUCACUUUCCAUAAACUCUCUUCGUUCAGAAUAUAAUCCUUUGCGACCAGGAGCCUCGUUUCAACAUUUACAAUCCCUUGUUAAUUUAGACAUGAAAGACUCUGGGCUUGACAUUUGGAACAUAUGGAAUGAAAAUAGAAACGUGUCUCUUUUCGAUGGGUUAUUGAAUCUUAUUAAUUUGGAAUUGAGUAGUAACCCUUCCCUGUGUUUUAUAAGUGAUUUACCACCAGGGAUAUUCCAGCAACUCUCUGUUUUACAAGAGCUAAAUCUAGACCGCUGCGAUAUUACAAAUCUACAUCCUCUUGUCUUCUCGGGGUUGGAAUCGCUUCAGAAGUUGAGUUUGAAAGGAAACAACAUCCAUCAUAUUCAUGAUGAUAUACUGUCGGGAUUGGGUCAAAUAAAAAGUAUCAACUUUGAAGGAAACCGUAUCGCGUACUUGGAGGAGCUAAUGUUCUCAAAUAACUGGAAGCUCACAGAUCUUUCAUUGGCCAACAACGGACUAACGCGCCUUAAUCAAAGCACUUUCAAGCCGAUCUUUUCCUCCAUUUCAUCACUUGAUCUAUCAAUGAACCCAAUCGAUUGUAACUGUGAACUAAAGUGGCUUAUUGAUUGGUUAAAUAAACCUAUACGCCUAAUAGACAAGGAAAAUACUAUCUGUUCGUCAGCAUCUCUGGAGCCUCUUCGUGAGAAACCCCUGCUUCAUUUUGAUCCAAAUGAACUCUGUAUAAUAAACUAUGGUAUAUUCUCUCUGAUUCCCCUCGCUUCCAUUAGCUUGGUUGUUAUCAGCGUGCUGGUGUAUCACUACCGAUGGCAGUUGAGGUACAAACUAUUUCUCUUGAAACUGGCCGUAGUUGGCUAUAAAGAGAUGCGAGACGCUCGAGACAACAAUGACUACGAGUUUGACGUGAACAUCAUUUUCUACGACGAUGACGAAGAAUGGAUUCGCGAACAGCUCCGACCGGCUCUCGAAGAACGGCUACAACAGUUUCAGAGGAACGUCUUCGGUGACGAAGACCUUGUAUUGGGUAUGCAUUACUUAGAUUCCGUCGAUUACGUGGUGAGCCAUAGUUACAAGACCAUCAUAGUGCUUAGCAGAGCUGCUGUGCACGACCACUGGUUCAUACUCAAGUUCCGUACGGCCAUGGACCAUGUGAGUGACACUCUGACUGAAUUCGUAGUAGUGGUUUUCCUCGAAGACAUCCCAGAUGAUGAAAUGCCAUUCUUGGCGAGAUUGUAUCUCAGUGAUGGCAGACCCUAUAUCCACUGGACUGAGAACGUGAGAGGACAAGAAUAUUUCUGGGAUGAAUUGACCAAAAAUCUUACCAUCAAUCUAAGGACAAAUGACUUGAUCCCAAACGAGUAGCAUAACAGUCA